UCUUUGUUUCGAUAAAGUCUUCUCUUUCUCUCUCUCUCUCUCUAUCUCUCUCUCUCUCUCUGGUUCAACGGGCAAAGUAUUUUUCGAAUAAAGUUUUGGUUUUUUUAACGUUCCUUUCUCACCUCCGUCUUCUUCUGGUGGUGAAUUCGUGUAUCUGUAUAUCUCGAUGAGCUGCAGUUUGAAUCCAGCGGCUACUUCUCCAGAUGAGAUGGAUCUUCAGGAAGAAACAGGUGAAGUGAAAAUUGAGGAUAAGUGUGUAGAAAAUAAGCAAUCAGCACCUGCUUCGUGUUCUUCUGUAUCUGAAGGCAGUGCUGGUAGUUCCCACAAGUCUCCUCCUACUGUUGCAAGUCCUGCCACAGCAUCACCAGCUCAUAGGUACCUCGGGAGGACGAGCGGCCCUAUAAGGCGAGCGAAAGGCGGGUGGACUCCUGAAGAGGAUGAGACAUUGAGACAGGCAGUUGGCACUUUUAAAGGGAAGAGCUGGAAGAAGAUAGCGGAGUUUUUCAAUGAUAGAACUGAAGUUCAAUGCCUGCACCGGUGGCAGAAAGUUCUAAAUCCGGAUCUUGUUAAGGGACCUUGGACACAAGAGGAGGAUGAGAAAAUCGUUGAACUCGUUAAGAGAUACGGGCCUGCGAAAUGGUCUGUUAUCGCACAGUCUUUACCAGGUCGAAUUGGGAAGCAAUGUCGAGAAAGGUGGCACAACCAUUUGAAUCCUGAUAUUAACAAGGAUGCUUGGACCUCAGAGGAAGAAGUAGCUCUCAUAAAUGCUCAUCGAAUCUAUGGAAACAAGUGGGCUGAAAUAGCCAAGGUCUUACCCGGCAGGACUGAUAAUGCAAUAAAGAACCAUUGGAAUAGUUCACUGAAAAAGAAGUCAGAUUUUUACUUAGUCACUGGUAGGUUACCACCACCACCAACACCAAAGAACGGUGUUCCUGAUAGUGUAACUAAACGUUCAUCAUCUGCUCAGAAAAGGUGUUCUGAUUCAGUAACUCAAACCCCAUCACGAACUACAGAUGUGAAGAACGCUGAUGAAAGUGGAAAUGGCCAAUUAAACUCUUCUGUUCCGCUUGAAGAAAUAGGAGCUGCUUCAAGAAUGACUGGUGUUAAUGAGUAUGCUUGUUCUCCUAAGUUUCUUAACCCAGAGCCAUUGCCAGAGAAUGGUGGAGUUGCAAUGAAUGGUUAUCAUCUUUACUACAAGCCUCAAACAGAGUAUUACGUGGCAUCAGAAGUGGAUACGCAGCGUAUGGAUGGGCAUGAUUGUGGUUGCAGUCCAAUCGCAUCACCAGUUAGCUUCUUCACUCCACCGCCGUGUAGAAAUAAGUACAGUAACGGUUCAACUCCAAGAAGUCCUGAAUCUUUCCUGAGAGAAGCUGCCAGAACAUACCCAAACACACCUUCUAUUUUCAGGAAAAGACGACCCAGGGUUGUUGUUCCGGAUGACAACACUGCCGCGAAAACAGAUGAAGCUAAAGAGGUUGAUCAAAAGGUGAACCAUGGUAAAGAUAGUUCAGAGAGCCCUGACAGUGAAGAGAUUCAAAACAAUGGAUCAAAUGCUUACAAUCUAUCUCCUCCAUACCGGAUAAGAUCGAAAAGGACAGCAGUUUUCAAAUCAAGACAGCUUGAGUUUAUAUCUGCCGAGGAAGAGAAGGCUGAUGAUGAAACCAAAUCAGCUGAGAAAGAUAUGUUGAUUGAUUGAGACUCUCUCAACCCCUAGGCUAGGCUAAACAGAGAUAUCCUCCUUAUUACACGCUUUGGUAUUUUAUAAUUUUUUUUUUAUAUAUUUUUGGAUUAAUGUUAAAAAGCUGUGAUUAGUCAAAGAAUAAUUUGCAACUCCUCA